UUUGUUUUUCGAGCAUUUGUGGCCAUUCACAGGCCAGUAAUUCUGUCAACGUCAUGUGCGAAAGUACUUGUUGAAGAAACAACUAGGGUAUACCAAAGUCAAUUUUUUUCAGCUGUGUCAUCCAUUUUUCGGUGGAAAGGGUCUAAAUGGAUUCUUUGCAAAUGUUUUGCUAACUUUUAGUAGAGGUCCUGUCAGAAGUUGGACCUGCCUUCUCAUGGGCAUACACUGGUCACGAAAUGGCGACACCCUUCUGUCUCAGCCGUCUAACGGCAGACGGGGGCAGGGGGCUGACCAGGAGGAUGAUGAUGACUCCCUCGAUGGCUUGGACAGGCAAGAGGACAUCGCUCAGUUCCCCUAUGUGGAAUUCACUGGCCGUGAUAGCAUAACAUGUCCGACCUGCCAAGGGACUGGCCGCAUUCCUUCUGGUCAGGUCAAUGAGCUGGUGGCACUGAUUCCUUACAGCGAUCAAAGAUUACAGCCACAAAGAACGAAAUUGUACGUAGUCUUGUCAGUGGUCCUGUGUCUGCUGAUCUCUUCCCUUGCUGCCUUCUUCAUGUUUCCACGGCCCGUUCUGGUCGAUGACGAUGGCAUCCGCUCGGUCAUUGUUAACUUUGACCGGAAUAACAGCAAAGUCCUCAUCAACAUGACUAGCUCCCUGAACUUCAGCAACCCAAACUUUUUCACUGUGCUGGUUGACAGUGUGAGCUGCCAGGUGCUUUAUAUGAAAACUGUGAUUGGCACACAGCAGCUGGACAACGUCAUUCACAUUCAGCCGCUCAGUCAGAGACAGGUGAAUUUCACAGUCAGCGUGGAGAUCAGCGGAAGCCUUUCUUAUGUUUAUGCCUUUUGCACCAUGGCAAGCAUCAAGGUUCAUAACAUCGUGGUCUUUGUCCAGACCUCGGUUAAGACCUCCUACAUGGUACGGGCUGCUCAGAACACACUGGAGGCUUAUCGGUACAUCGACUGUGGUUCCAAUACCACGCUACGCCAACCCUCUGAGUCGGUUUGGUUCGACCCCCACGGCUCCUCUCGUAAAAAGCUCUUAACCUGAAAACCUGAGAGAUCUUCCGUGGUCAAAACUUUAGGUUAGCGUUAGCACGAGGAAAGGAGUGUCUCUGCUGUUGUGUCUCACAAUAACUUUUGGGUGGUAUAAUGUGCCAAGAUUUGAAAAGAAAAAAAGAAAGUUACUAAUGUUAAGCUACUGAACGUUGUCUGACGGAGGAGCCCUGAUUCCUGGCGUGUUACAAGAUGGAGCUUGUAGCUGUCACACCUUUGACCUACUGAUGACUAGCAUCUUUCUGCUCUUUGCUCAAAGUCUGAACCAUUUCAAGGUCUUCCUCUUUGCACCUGACAAGGCUCUGAUUCCUGUGUGUUUAAAAAACUUAAAAGGGAAGAAAUGCCAUUAAUAUGGAGUGUGAUACUUAUAUUUAAGACAUUUACCAAGUGUUUGGCACCUUACCAUGGUAUUUAUUGCUGUUGUUUUUUCUGUUCUGUUUAUUUAGUCUAAGAUGGACUCAGAUGGAUUUUUUGUUGUUGUUGUUUUGUUUUGCUUUGUAUUGCUGUUUAGGCUAAAAUGAUUAGGGAAAACCUUUUUUUUGCCAGCACCAACCUAUAGCUUUACAUUGUCAGUACAGUGUAUGAGGGAGUUGAACAUUUCAUUCCCUUUUUUUGGAGAUUGUUACAGUUCUCGUGUAUAGGAACAGUAGGGACAUCUCAGUAAUUCACUAGAGAAAUGUUCUCCAAGUGGCGUCUCCAGCCAGUAUAAAGAGUACUUGAAUUUGUCAUGCUCUGAUCAACUGUUUGUGUACACUACACAUGGAAAUCAGUCAUGUAGCUACAGGGUUGUAAGGGGAACUAAAAAACAAAAUAGGAAAAGAACAAAAUAACACAACAGAAAUUUUGUACAAAAGCGGUCAGUGAUGGGACUGGGGACUCUGGUAUGGUGAACCCAGUUGCAAAAAGACAAAUAAAGAGAGAAGCAUGAGGCAGGAUCCUGGGGUUCAUGGUGUAGACGGUCAUUUUAUUCUCUCCUAUGCAAUUUCACGACUGUUUUCCCAUAUUGUUUACAUUUACAGUUUUAAAGUUAAUUUUAUUGGGCAAAACUGUAGAAGCUGUGUAGCUUUCACAAAUGAUGGACUGUCUGAAGUUUUCCUUUGAUUUAGAGGUACCUUAUACAUUUUAGGGAAGGAGUUUUCUUGAAGUGCACUGCUGUAGCAUUUCUUUUAAAUCUUUCAUAAAUUGUGUUUAUUUCUCAACCAAGUGGAAUUAAGAUUGUAAAAGAAAAUGUAAAAUAAUGAAUAAAGAUCUAUGAUUAAUAGGGUUUUGAUUUGGUCACUGUGGCCUUGAUGUCAUUUUGAAAACUUGCUCAAGAAAGAAAUCAUAUUGGUUUGAUAAUUUUAAUACAAAGCUUUCUGUAAUUUGUAACUUUUUAUCUCACAGAGGAACAUUUUUGACAGUCAUAACAAUCCAAACAAGAUGAAUAAAAUGUUGGUA